CGGCCCCCGCGCCAGGCACUUCCGGUGGCGGCCGCGCUCGGGAGGAAGCGCGGGUCGGCCGUGAGGGCGGAAGCGGGGCGCCAGGCCGCUCUAGCCGCGCCGGCUCCCGGGCCGACCCCAGCAUCCGGGCCGCUUCCCGAGGACCCAGGCGACCCCGCCGCGAGCCCCCGGGCAACCGCCCCCACGAGCACCCGGGCGCCCCCCGCGACGACCCGGGCCGCCCCCCAGGGCCGGGCGCCCUCGGGAUGGACGAGGACAGCCUGCAGGCCGCCCUGCAGGCCCACGGCGCGCAGCUGCGGCAGGUGGAGCGGGCCCUGCGCGCCGGCCUGGACGCCUCCGAGCUGGCCGACCUGCGCCGGCUGCAGCGGGACCUCCGCGAGCUGAUCGCGCUCACGGAGGCCAGCCUGGCGUCCGUCAGGCAGAGCAAGCUGCUGGCCGCGCUGGACGGCGAGCGCGCGGCGCAGGACGAGGCCGAGCGCCCGGCCUUCCCGGAGGCCGCCGCCGAGGCCGCGGAGGGGCCGGAGGCCGAGCCCGAGCGCGAGGCCGGGCCCGAGGCCGGCGCGCCGGGGCCCGAGGCCGGCGGGGAGGCCGGCGCCGCGCUGAGCGGGCGCACGGUGAGCGCGCCCUACCGCAGCCCGUGGGGCGCGCUGGAGUACCACGGCGCCAUGGUGGUGGGCGCCGAGGCGGCGGCGGGCGGCGCGGCGGGCGUGCGCGUGCUCUACCUCUACCCCACGCACCGCGCGCUCAAGCCCUGCCCGUUCUUCCUGGAGGGCCGCUGCCGCUUCCAGGAGAGCUGCAGGUUCUCCCAUGGGCAGGUGGUCUCUGUGGAUGAGCUGCGCCCCUUCCAAGACCCAGACCUGAGCUCUCUGAAGGCUGGCUCUGCAUGUCUGGCCAAGCAGCAAGACGGCCUCUGGCACCCAGCGCGGAUCACUGAUGUGGACAGUGGCUACUACACAGUCAAGUUUGACUCACUGCUGCUGAAGGAAGCCGUGGUAGAGGGGGACAGCAUCCUGCCCCCACUGCGCACAGAGCCUGCAGGGUCCUCUGACUCAGACAGCAGCGACCCAGAUGACCCCAGUUAUGCCAGAGUGAUGGAGCCUGGUGCUGCCGACCAUGGGACCUGCAGCUCUGCCUUCGCUGGCUGGGAGGUGCACACACGGGGUAUUGGCUCCAGACUCCUUGCCAAGAUGGGCUACGAGUUUGGCAAGGGUCUGGGUCGACACUCCGAGGGCCGGGUGGAGCCCAUCCACGCCGUGGUGCUGCCUCGAGGGAAGUCACUGGACCAGUGUGCAGAGAUACUGCAGAAGAGGGCCAAAGGCAGCAAGGCUGGCACCAGCAGCCUCCCAAAAUGCCCAGGGAGAGGGGGCAGGCCUAGGGGCCGCCCACCCCCACGUAGUGUCUUUGACUUUCUGAAUGAGAAGCUGCAGGGCCAGGACCCUGAGGCCCUGGAGGCUGGGGCAGCUCCCCCGGGCAGGAAGAGCGGCACAGAAACAUACCGAGGCACCACGAGCACCAAGCGGGCCCUGAGCCUGCAGCUUUUCCAGACUGAGGAGAAGAUCGAGCAGACCCAGCGGGACAUCCGGGGCAUUCAGGAGGCCCUUGCCCGCAACACAGGCCGGCACAGCGUGAUGGUGGCCCAGCUGCAGGAGAAGCUGGCGGGAGCCCGGCGGCAGCUGGGACAGCUCCGGGCCCAGGAGGCAGGCCUGCAGCAGGAGCAGAGGAAGGCAGACACCCACAAGAAGAUGACUGAGUUCUAGAGCCCCUGCGCGCACACUGGCUGAGCCCAGAGACCCCUGCUCCCGGCUGCCUCAGGAAGACCAGCUGUUGCCCAGCAACCAGGAUGCCACCAGAAGAGGGGCUAGCCUCCACAGCUGGCCUGCUUGCCAGCGGGGGCGUGUGGACACUGCUGAGUGGAGAUGGGCUGCAGGGAUCACUCUGGACACUUACUUGCCCGUCAAGUCCACCUGCCAGUGUCUGAGGGCAUCUCCUGAGCAAGGACAUUAAAGUGAUUUUGUUGCGUGUC